GAUGUGCAGUGUACGACACCUUCCUAGCUGAGACAAGCAAACGCACGUCUGCUGAGCGCCAGUUGUGCCUGUCAUCCAUCGAGCAUGAACAGCAGUAGCGCCGAGCGAUCAGCACGAAGAGUGGCAUAGUUUCAGGAACACCCGCGCUGUCAAGUGACCAUGACCGAGCAGGAGCGUCUGCUCUGGUUCAGGGAAGCGUCGGUCUGCUGAUGGGGGAGUAUAUGUACCGCCGAACUGGCCCUCACUUCACCUCACAUUCCAUCCCUGGUCUCCGGCAUCAUGAAGACCUUCCACAGCAUCCUCCCACUCAUCAGCAGUGUCCUGAGCUUCCCAGCUGCAGACGCCCUCGAAGCCCGAGCAACAGGCUCGCUCGAGUCGUGGCUGGCGGCUGAGAGUCCAGUUGCAUUGCAAGGCAUCUUGAACAACAUUGGAUCUCAAGGCAACAAGGUGCAGGGAGCAUAUCCGGGCAUAGUAGUGGCCUCGCCUUCAAGAAACGAUCCUCCCUACUUCUACACCUGGACCCGUGAUGCUGGCUUGACCAUCAAGUGCUUGGUGGACCAGUUCCUGGCUGGUCAGACGAACCUCGAAGGCACCAUUCAGGAUUACAUCAACUCGCAGGUCUCGCUCCAGACUGUCAACAACCCAUCCGGCGGCCUCUGUUCCGGCGGUCUGGGAGAGCCCAAGUUCGAGGUUGAUGGCACUCAAUUCACUGGAGAUUGGGGACGCCCACAACGUGAUGGUCCAGCUCUGCGAGCUACCGCCAUGAUUGCCUACGCACGCCACUUGAUCUCAAAAGGCCAGACAUCACAGGUCCGCGAUAUCAUCUGGCCCAUCGUCUCGAACGACCUCUCAUAUGUAUCGAGCAAUUGGAAUGCCACGGGCUUUGACUUGUGGGAGGAAGUCAACAGCUCGUCUUUCUUCACGACCGCCUCUCAGUAUCGUGCACUGGUCGAGGGCGCCGCGCUUGCUUCCCAGAUCGGCCAGUCGUGUGCACACUGCAGCUCACAAGCACCGCAGAUCCUAUGUUUCUUGCAGAGCUACUGGACUGGCUCUUAUGUCCGCUCAAAUACUGGUGGCGGUCGAACUGGCAAGGACGUUAACUCGAUCUUGACCAGCAUUCACCUCUUUGACUCUGCCAUAGGCUGCAAUGCGAACACAUUCCAGCCCUGUUCUGAUAAGGCUCUGGCUAAUCACAAGCAAGUGACGGAUUCGUUCCGAUCCAUCUACUCCAUCAAUAGCGGUAUUCCCCAAGGCAAGGGCGUUGCCGUGGGCAGGUACUCGGAGGAUGUGUAUCAAGGUGGCAAUCCUUGGUACCUUGCCACAUUUGCUGCUGCCGAACAGCUGUAUUACGCGGUCUACCAAUGGCGUCAACAAGGAUCACUCACAAUCACGGACCUCUCUCUGCCAUUUUUCAGAGACGUUUAUUCCUCAGCCGCAACCGGCACGUAUGCGUCGUCGACCACAACUUUCACUUCAGUCAUUAAUGCCGUCUUGGCAUAUGCAGACAGCUACUUUGCGAAUGCUCAGCAAUAUACGCCACAAAAUGGCGCUCUAGCUGAGCAAUAUUCACGAUCAAAUGGUUCACCAUUGUCCGCCGUGGAUCUGACCUGGUCUUAUGCUGCUUUCUUGACAGCGCUGAACGCACGGAAAGCCGUAUUGCCGUCAAGCUGGGGAGCCGGCUCUGCUCAAGUGCCAAACUCAUGCUCCGGCGGCUCUGCAAAUGGUCCUUGUGUGGCAGCCACAAACACAUUCUCGCGACCCGGAAGCACGCCCACCUCAACAACAGGCGCCUGCUCUGCAACUCCGACCAGGACAAAUGUUCUUUUCAAGGAAACCGUCACCACCAACUUCGGCGAGUCCGUCUUCAUCACCGGAGGCAUUGCCGAGCUUGGUAACUGGGACACGAACAAAGCAGUUGCACUGAGCGCGCAGAACUACACCAGCACCAACAACUUGUGGUUUGCCACUGUUGGCUUGCCAGCUCGCGGCGGUUUCAACUACAAGUACAUUCGCAAGCAGCAGGACGGCAGCGUGCGAUGGGAGAGUGAUCCAAACAGAUACUAUGUGGUUCCUGCGAAUUGCGCGGGUUCUGCAACUCAGAGCGACACAUGGAGGUGAGGUUGCUGAAGGAGCCACCGUGUGGGCCUUCGAUGUUGCAACACAGUAUGCAUCGUACGUUCGCGAACGAAAUAUACGAGCAACGGCUUUUAAAUACACGAAAAGCGCGUCAUGUAUACAUGCAUACGCAUCUAACGAGCAUAGCAUAGCCUAGCCUGCCUUAAUUUUGAAAUUUCCGCACCUGAUGCCACAGCCCAAUCCCAA